AUGCAGAUUUUUGUUAAAACCUUGACGGGGAAGACGAUCACGCUGGAGGUCGAGUCCUCGGACACGAUCGAUAACGUGAAGUCGAAGAUCCAGGACAAAGAGGGGAUUCCACCGGACCAGCAGAGGUUGAUCUUCGCCGGAAAGCAACUGGAGGACGGCAGAACCCUGUCUGACUACAACAUUCAGAAGGAGUCGACUCUCCACUUGGUGCUGAGACUGAGAGGUGGUAUGCAGAUCUUCGUCAAGACUUUGACAGGGAAGACGAUCACGCUGGAGGUCGAGUCCUCGGACACAAUCGAUAACGUGAAGUCGAAGAUCCAGGACAAAGAGGGGAUUCCACCGGACCAGCAGAGGUUGAUCUUCGCCGGAAAGCAACUGGAGGACGGCAGAACCCUGUCUGACUACAACAUUCAGAAGGAGUCGACUCUCCACUUGGUGCUGAGACUGAGAGGUGGCUUUUAA